AUGACUGCAACUCAAGAUCUUUCUGAUUACGAGACCUACACUGAUGAGUCCUUUGUUCCAGUUGAAUUUGCCAAUGGAUUGGUAGUUUCAACCAAUGAUCCCGAAACAACGAACAUAGACAUCUUAACCUCUUUGAAAAGACUUAAGUUUGAUUUACGAGAUCUUAAUAAAAAGAUAAAAAAAAGUAUAGAUGUGAACUAUGAGAGUUUAAUUGAAGAGUUUGAAAAUUUAGAAAAGUUAUCCUCUACAGUUAAUGAAAUCAAUCCAGCCCUGUCACAUUUGAAUUCUUCAUACAUGCGACUCCAAAAGGAAAUUGUCGAUCCAUAUUCAGAAUGUGUAAAGUUACAUUUAGCAUUGAAGAAAAUUCAUCAAACAUCUACAUUAAUACGCUCCUCGUUGUACUUUAUAGCACUGAUUACAAAGAUUGAGAUGAUAGACAGUUCAGAUCAUUCUUUACGCGCUGAUAAUUAUGGGAAUCUAGAGUUAAUAUCAGAGCACCUUUUUAAAUUGAAGCAGUACAUAUCCGGUACACCAUAUCCACGAACUUUGAAAAUAGUACGUGACUAUGAACUAUUCCAAUCUUCACUUGUUUCUCAUUGUGUCAAUAUUGGUUCAGCCUAUCUUAAGGGCCUAACUCCAAGAGAGUACAAUGACCAAGGGGUAUUAAAUGUUGCGAAGAGUCUUAUGUACAUUUCACCAUCAACAUUGUAUAACAGACUUCAAGAGGUAAUGACAAAAUUAUCAUCCAGGUCUAUUAAUCUGAUAUCACGGAACUUUAACAAUGUGAAUGUUCUUGAAAAUGUCUUUCGCCAGGUUUCAAUGGAUGCUAAAAUGCUAACAAGCAUGCAAAAUGUGCUCGAAAGUAAUAAGUGGAUAGAGGAUGAUGAAAGUUCUGCUUCCAAUAUGUGGAAUCAAAUCCAGAAGUUUUUAGAUUUGAAUGCACCAUUAUGCACAAUUUUUUGGAGAGAUAUCGCAACUGGCAUUGAGCCAAGACUAAAGGCCAUCAUACAAAAGGGUGGUCCAAUCGCCAGAAAUUUGAAAGAUUCUAAAGAAAGUAUCAAGCAAACGGUGAAAAAUUCUGUUUCAGAUUCACUAGGUAAGACCGAUGAUGGAGACAGUAUGGAAUUAACGAUCAUGCUCAAUAGUGUAAGAAGCCUAGAUUAA